AUGCAAAGUGCAACGUGCCGUUUGCCUUUCUUAUUGCAAGAAAUUUUCGAGCGAUACAAAGGAAGUUUAUCAAUCGAUGAUUUAGCUGAUUUUUACGCGAAAUUAAACUCAGCUUUGGGUUCACGACUUGUUGCUUUUGCGCGCCAGUUUAUAGAUAAUCAAACUAUUACCGUUUUUAGUAACGCAGGGAAGUCAUCCUUUUUAGCCGUAAUUACAGAAGAUUGCUCUAUUAAAAAGAAAAGGAAGAAGAAAUUGGUACAUUUGCUUCCCGACGUUAAUUUUUGCUUUUGCAAGUCUUUUCAGACUAAAGUGCUGAAAUUGGGAGAAGCUUAUACUUGCGAGCAUGUGCUAGCUUUGCGUUUAGCUUUUUUGUUGGAUAAUUGCGUUAACUGCAUACAGUUCAAAGAGGUGCAACCUCAUAAAUUCGAUAAUUUACUGAAAGAAUUUGCAUCAGCAUCACUACAGGGAAGCGGAGAUAAUUUUUCACAUAAAAUGACACUUGGCUUGGAAUAUAUUAAUUAUCGGUUUGUCGGUUGUUUAGAGAAUAUAAAAACUUUUGCAGCCGGGAUACGUUCUGUAGGUUUUGGGGAUCAUGGAAUAUUCCAUAUUAACGAAGAUGGUUUACGCUGUACUGUGGAACAGGGCAAAUGCAUACAAGCUAAUUUAUUUAUUACGCCGUCAUGUUUUAGCGAUUAUCAUGUGGAUGGCUUAGUGCACUUUACUAUCAACAUGAAUGUCUUAAUUGAGUGCUUGAGUAUAUUUGCCGGCACUGAUUGUAGCAUGAAAAUGUUUUACAAAGAUGAUGAUCCCUUAGUGAUAAUAUUGGAACCACAUGAUGAGGAUAACAUCAGAACGGAAUGCUCCAUUAAAACUACACACUAUGACGAGACGAUGGACUUCUCUUUAGAUGCGGAUAGUCAUAGCUUGAAUACCGUUUUUAUAAAAGGACGCGAAAUGGCAAACAUAUUCCACGACUUGGAUAAAUCAGCUGAAGAAUUGCAGAUAACAUUGUCACCACGUAAACCAUAUUUUAAAGUGGAAACAUUGGGAGUUAUGCAAUCCGAAUGUAGCAUUGAAGUGGCCAAAACAAGCGAAAUGAUGAUACUCUUCAAUUGUAAAAACAUUACCACAGGCAGAUAUAAAAUUUCGUUGAUGCGUGCCACUCAGAGAGCUAUGUUAGCAGCCAGCAAGGUAGCUAUUAAAACGGAUUUAACCGGCUUAUUAGAAAUGCAUUUUAUGAUGCAAGAUGAAAAUCAAGCGGAAGUCUACGCCCAGUUCUACAUUACCCCCGUUGUAGAAAACGAUUAAUUAGAAAAUGUAUUUAUUAUUAAUGUACCUAUAAAAC